AUGGACCACUCCACCAUGACCAUGGACAUGACGGCCACCCCAACGAUGAAUAUGCCAAAACCUACCGCCAGCGGAGGCGGAAUGGGCGGCAUGGGCAACGGAUGCAAGAUUUCCAUGCUCUUCAACCUCAACACCAUCGACUCGUGUUUCCUCUCCUCGCAAUGGAAAAUCACAUCAACCGGCAUGUUUGCCGGUUCCUGCAUCGGCGUCUUUCUCCUCGGCAUGGCUCUCGAGUUCCUCCGCCGCUCCAUCAAGGAGUAUGACAGAUUCCUCGUCCGUCAACACGUGUCCAAGUUCCAAACCUCUUCCAGCCCUGCUGUCGCUGGCGCCUCCGAUUCUGUUAGCAGCAAGGACGGCGCCGCGGUAGCUACUGGGGCGGCUUGUGCCGUGAUUCCUCCGUUUCGACCCAACGUUUGGCAGCAGGGUAUUCGGGCAUUCUUGCACCUGUUGGCUUUUUUCGUUGCCUAUAUUCUCAUGCUGCUCGCAAUGUACUACAACGGCUACCUCCUCCUAUGUAUCUUUCUCGGCUCAUUCUUCGGCGCAUUCAUUUUCCAGUGGGAGACUCUCCCCCUCGGGUAG